AUGGAUGAAGGCUUCCGUGACCGGACAGCCUUCAUCCGUGGAGCCAAAGAUAUCGCAAAGGAGGUCAAGAAGCAUGCAACCAAGAAGGUUGUCAAGGGUCUUGACAGAGUUCAAGAUGAGUAUUCCCGGAGGUCCUAUGCCCGAUUUGAGGAGGAUGAUGAUGAUGAUGACUUCCCUGCCCCAGCAGAUGGGUAUUACCGAGGGGAGGGAGUUAGGGAAGAUGAAGAUGAGGGGGGUGCAUCCAGUGAUGCUACUGAAGGCCAUGAUGAGGAUGAGGAGAUCUAUGAGGGGGAAUAUCAGGGAAUCCCCCGGGGAGAAUCAGGGGGAAAGGGAGAUCGUUUGGCAGAUGGUGCUCCCCUGGCUGGAGUGAGGGGAGGUCUAGGGGACGGAGAAGGCCCUGGAGUUGGUGGGGAAGCUCAGCGGCGGAAGGAGAGAGAAGAGCUGGCUCAGCAGUAUGAAACCAUCUUGCGGGAAUGUGGCCAUGGCCGGUUCCAAUGGACCCUCUAUUUUGUCCUGGGUCUGGCACUUAUGGCUGAUGGGGUAGAAGUCUUCGUGGUGGGGUUUGUGCUGCCCAGUGCUGAGAAGGACAUGUGCCUGUCUGACUCCAACAAGGGCAUGCUGGGCCUCAUUGUCUACCUGGGUAUGAUGGUUGGUGCCUUUCUCUGGGGGGGUCUGGCUGACCGACUGGGCCGGCGACAGUGUCUGCUCAUCUCUCUCUCAGUCAACAGCGUCUUCGCAUUUUUUUCGUCGUUUGUCCAGGGCUAUGGCACUUUCCUCCUCUGCCGCCUUCUCUCUGGGGUUGGGAUUGGGGGGUCCAUCCCUAUUGUUUUCUCCUAUUUCUCUGAGUUCCUGGCCCAAGAGAAGCGAGGGGAGCAUUUGAGUUGGCUCUGCAUGUUCUGGAUGAUUGGUGGUGUGUAUGCAGCUGCCAUGGCCUGGGCCAUCAUUCCUCACUAUGGAUGGAGUUUCCAGAUGGGUUCUGCUUACCAGUUCCACAGCUGGCGGGUUUUUGUUCUCGUGUGUGCCUUUCCUUCUGUGUUUGCCAUUGGGGCCCUGACCACACAGCCAGAGAGUCCUCGAUUUUUCCUGGAGAACGGGAAACACGAUGAAGCCUGGAUGGUCCUGAAGCAAGUCCAUGACACCAAUAUGAGGGCGAAGGGGCAUCCGGAAAGAGUGUUUUCAGUGACCCACAUUAAGACUAUCCGACAGGAGGACGAGUUGAUUGAGAUCCAGUCCGACACAGGGACCUGGUACCAGCGCUGGGGGGUCCGGGCAAUGAGCCUGGGGGGCCAGGUUUGGGGGAACUUCCUUUCCUGUUUUGGCCCCGAAUAUCGGCGCAUCACCCUGAUGAUGAUGGGUGUGUGGUUCACCAUGUCAUUUAGCUACUACGGCUUAACUGUCUGGUUCCCCGACAUGAUCCGUCACCUCCAGGCAGUUGACUACGCGGCCCGAACCAGGCUCUUUGCGGGAGAGAGGGUGGAGCACGUCACCUUCAACUUCACACUGGAGAACCAGAUUCACCGUGGGGGCCAGUACUUCAAUGACAAGUUUAUUGGCCUGCGCCUGAAGUCAGUGUCUUUCGAGGACUCCCUGUUUGAGGAAUGUUACUUCGAGGAUGUCACGUCCAGUAACACGUUCUUUCGGAAUUGCACAUUCAUCAAUACAAUAUUCUACAACACAGACCUGUUUGAAUACAAGUUUGUAGGCAGCCGACUGAUAAAUAGCACAUUCUUGCAUAGCAAGGAGGGCUGCCCACUGGAUGUGGCUGGGACCGGUGAAGGUGCCUACAUGGUUUACUUUGUCAGCUUUCUGGGGACCCUCGCAGUGUUGCCUGGGAACAUCGUGUCAGCCCUGCUCAUGGACAAGAUCGGCCGGCUGCGAAUGUUGGCUGGCUCCAGUGUGAUGUCAUGUAUCUCCUGCUUCUUCCUGUCCUUUGGGAACAGUGAGUCCGCCAUGAUUGCCCUACUCUGCCUCUUUGGAGGGGUCAGCAUCGCGUCUUGGAACGCGCUGGAUGUGCUGACCGUUGAGCUCUACCCCUCAGAUAAGAGGACCACAGCCUUUGGCUUCCUGAACGCUCUGUGUAAGUUGGCCGCCGUACUCGGGAUCAGCAUCUUCACCUCUUUUGUGGGGGUCACUAAGGCUGCCCCCAUCCUCUUUGCCUCGGCUGCGCUUGCCCUUGGCAGUUCCCUUGCCCUAAAGCUGCCUGAGACCCGGGGGCAGGUGCUGCAGUGA